AUGGACUCUCUAGUGCAGUCGGGCCUUCGCGGCCAUUCGCAGCACAUAUGGACUUGCGUCCAGACUCUUGUGAUCGUAUUGCGCUCUGUCAGUGUGAGUGAGCGUCAGAAGUGUGUGUCCUUAUUUGUCAAGCUGUUGCUGGAUCCUAGCUUUCCAAAACGGAAAGUCCUGGAAAAGCUGAAGAUGCUAUGGAUCGUCGACGCCAAUCCCAGACGGACCUAUGCAGAUUCACUGCAGCAGCUGCGGAUUGCGGCAAAGUCCACCACCGAAGCAGAUGUGCAGCGCGAGCUGUACAAACUCGUUUCCGUUGGCUGA